UCUUAAGCCGCCGCGAUCGAUCAAUCAUUCGUUGUGAUCGGGACCAAUUUUCCUUUUCACGCUCCUUUUCCUCGAACGCCCGCCCACUGCUGUUCUCCUCUCCCGAGCAGAGCCACCAACUCCGGCGGCUCGGCCUCAGGUUCCUCUCGCCGCGGCUGCUCUGCUACCACCGGGACCCCGGACCCGACCGAUGGAGUUCUCCCGCCGCGGCCGAGCCACCGAUGACGCCGGCGACGGCCAACGCUUCCCUGACCCUCCGCCGCAUGAUGCAGGCCACUGCUUCGAUUCCAAGCCAAGAACUCAGGAACCUCCACCGCUGGGAGUGGGAUGCCUUUCUCUACAAUUUAUACUAGAGAACUAUAUUUCAGAUCUGUUUGUGAGGCACAAGAUAAAAGAAUCGGACAUAGUUUGUGCAAUCUUACCGCCAAAAGAAUAAAAAACACUUGCAAAUGUAGUACAACUCUUCCAUCGGCAGAUCAUAUGUUGUAGAGCGGUUGUGCAAAGGGACGCGCUGGUGUAGAAUUCUUGUCACGCUGACACAUCUAAUGGCCGCACAAUGCUGCUGAUGCACGCAGGAGACCCGAUGCUGGUGAUGAGGGACGCGCUGCUGUCACAGCUCCAGAAGGACCGCCUUCGCCAGGAGAUCAUCGUGGCCGAGCUGGCUAAGAUAGAGCGUGCCAUGGCCCUGCGCGCCGCCACUGGCGGCCAGCAGGCCACACCGGCACCAGCCGGCGAAUGCUUGAAGACGUACGAUGGUAACGCGGCUCGACAGAAUGCAGCGUCUGAUGAGCAGAGGCUGCCGGGCUCCAAUGAGGCUGUUCCAGAGACUAAGACUUCGGUCGCGGAGAAGUGGGAACUAACAGGAAUAACCAUACCAGUUAAGAAGCCCAAAACACCCAUGAAAUGGUGUUGCGCCAUCUGUGAGGUGCAAGCAACCAGUGAGCAGAACUUGCUGCAGCAUUAUGCUGGGCAGAAGCACUUGUCAGCAACACUGGACCCAAGAGCUACAGCAAGUGGUCAGAAGGCGACAACGGCGGCAGAACCUUCUCUUGGUACAGAGCAGAAGAAAACCUCCUCAAUAAAAUGGAGUUGCAAUACCUGCCAGGCAACUGGCUCGGGUCAAUCGGGGUUGGAAGCGCACCUCAAGGGCAAAAGACACCAGCAGAACAUCUCAGCCACAUCCAUGCCGAAGAACGGCGCGGCGGGGGAAGCAAAAUCGCUUGGCAUCAAUGUGCCGAAGCGUUCAGAGAAGCCACCAUCAGCCUGGAGCUGCAGCAUUUGCCAAGCUAUAUGUACCAGCGAAUCAGACUUGAACAGCCACCUGAGGGGCAUAAGACACCAAGCAAAGGUUCAGUCCUUGCUUGAAGGCAAGAACAUGGCAAGGAAAGAAAAACUGAAUCCAGAUUCAAGAUGGGCCUGCAGAAUUUGCCAAGCUCACUGUACUUGUGAAUCAGACUUGGAGAACCAUCUUGCAGGCAAGAGACACCAACUAAACAUUCAGGUUUUAAGCGCGAAAACCAAGCAAGAGAAAAACAAUGCACCACGAGUGGCCAUGAGCCAAGAACCACCCUCGGAAUGGCAUUGCACAAUGUGCGAGGCCGAAUGUAACUCUAAAUCUCAAUUUGAGGAUCAUUGCAGAAGCAGCAGGCACCAACAGAAGAUAGAGGAGGUACUCGGAAAAGGCAAGACCGUGAAAGUGAGCAGUCGUAAGGCUGCAAAUGAACUACUUUCAGAUUGCUCUACCAAGAAGAAUGCGAACUCAGAAAAGUUGGAGAAACGGCAGAUAGUAUAUUUCUGUGAGCAAUGCAAUUUGCAGUGUAAUAGUGGUACAGCGCUGGCACAUCAUCGUGCUGGGAAGAAGCACCGGGAAAAGCUCGACGAAAAGAAAUAAAAGAUAUAUGUCAAUCUGGGCAUCUAUGGCAAAGCCAUGACAACAUAUUAGUGAUACCAGCCUAUAGAUGACUCCGUGAGGAAGUGAUCCAAACGCAUUUGGAUGAGGAGAGUUGCCAUACAAUCCCACCAUCUGGGUUCAAGUCCUCAGGGAUUUGGGUUCCUACUUAUACCCUAAGGGCUUCCCUUACAAAUUUUCUUUAAAAAAAAUGAUACCGUGA